CGACGGGCUAUGGUUUGCGACUGGGAGAUUCAAUACUGGACUAUCACUGUGACGUCGAAUCAUAUAUUUACUCGGACUUAAAUCGCCAUCUGAAAAGCAGCCGGGGUAAUGCGUGUAGCAGUAAUCCUGGGGCUUCUAGCCGUCGGUUUCUGUGCUCCUGUUGUCGACCAGCAGGCCGCGGUCGAUGACGUGAGCGAAAAUGAACUCAGAGUGAAGCGUGCAAAAGAAGAGAUGAUGUUUGGAAACCAACAGAAUGGUGCUAAAGAAAUGGCAAAACGUGUCGAUCCUUCCAUGGACAACCUUGUUGACAGCGAAGGCGAAGUGUAUGCCAAGCCACCUGUAAACAUUGAGAACCAGGAAGCAGAGUCUAUCGAAAGCAACGAAGAAGGUUUCAGCAAUGAAGCACCGAUAGGUGAUGAGUUUGCUGAUGAUGGAGAAAAUGGUAACGGUGAAAUGAAUGAGGAUCUACCAGGGCCAGAUGAAGCGGGCGGCGAUGGACGCUAUGGUGUGGAGGAGGAAAGUACUGCAUUGGGACCAGUCGGAGAGGAGUCCGAAGAGGAUGGACUGGACGCCUACCAAAACUACCAGGACCUUUUCAAUGACGAUAAGAUGAAAAUCGCAAACACUGCCUACAUGUUCUCCAAACUGUUGUCUGAGCCGCAGCCUUAUCCACCGUACCAGAAAUUCGGCGACCUGUAUGAUUCGUACCCAAACUAUCGUUUCCGUCGCAGCCAGCUAGGACGCUUCAUUGGUGCUCCUGGAGUGAGAACAAACAGCCUCAAACGUAGUCACCGAACCAAACGAGAUCUUUACUAUCCAUUGGAUGCCUUAUCUAACGAAUAUUACCCGUACGAAGACAGCUAUAUUCCAUACAAGAACUAUCCCGUCGAUAAUUAUGAUAUUAAUGAAAUGAUUGAAUCUCUCGAAGGACCACGAUUGUAUGAGGAGGAAGAUGAUGAUAAGUUAAACUAUGUGAACCCAUACGAUGGGUACUACGGGAGCCCAUACGAGGGAUACGAACAAGAGGUGGAGAACGGACCAUGGUUUACCGCGCCAUUGAAGCGCCAAGUUGGCCCGUCCUAUGUACCUGGCAUCAAGCGUAGCCGGGACUUUUACCCAAGUUUCCGUGAGCCUUGGACGCACUACCAGGCGUUUAUCCCUGAAAAACGAGCAUUGGAGGACUAUGGUGACGCCUAUCAACGAGUCAUGGAGCUAGCAGCUGCGCUUCGUCGUCAGAAAAGCUACUACCCAGAAGAGUACACUUAUGAAGAUUUCUUAAGGCGCAGAAAAUGAGGGCGAAGAAAGACGCUUAUGGAACAUGGCAAGACCAAGAAAUUGCUAUUUUUGUUUUCAUGAUACUGUCUUGCAAUUACGUGGAUACAUACACAAAUAUAUAUAUUGUGAAUUGUGAUAUGAGGUAAAUAUUUUCCCUAUUCAUCUUGCUAUUUUUAAUGCAUCACAUCACUUAAUGUAUACACUAUCACAGAAUAAAGCAGUUUGAAGCGAAUUGUGACAAACUUCUGAGUGGAAUUAACAUUUUAAACUUUUAAAAGUUUUCGAAACAUAAUUUAUUUGUUCCUUGUGUGUAAGGUGAAGACAUUCAUAUUUUCAAUUAACAAACUAUUUAUUGUCCUUUAAUGUUGACACGGUAUUACACAAAUUGUCAAGGAAUCGUUCUGUUUUGUGAAACAACUCUGAAUUCCUUCGUUGUGAGUAGUGUGUACUCGUCUUGAAAUCCAGAAUGAAAAUAAAAUGUUUCCCCCGUUU